AUGUCGGUUCAGGGUAUCUCCACCGACGAUUCCUUGUCCCUGACGGACUGUCUUCCCUUGAAAGGCAGCGGCCAUAUCCUUUCUAAGACUCGCAAUCGAAAGGUGGCUGUGUAUUUGGCAUCUUUCAACGUUGUCCAUAUCUCUGAGCCUGAUACGGAGGGCACGGUACAGAUUUUGAAAAGGUCACUAAUCGAGAAAGGCUUGCUUGAUGACACCAAUACAGCAAUGACACUUCUCAAGCAAGUGGCAUUUCUUCCCUUGGCAAUCAUCCAAGCAGCGGCAUAUAUCAAUAAGAACCUUAUUGAGUUAUCUGACUAUAUCGAGCUCCUCCAAAUUGACAACAAGACCUUGGUCUGCAUGGCAGACGUAGCAUGGAUCUACGCGGGCCAAGGGCGCUGGAGCGAAGCCGAGGAGCUGGGACUGCAGGUGCUGGAAAUCCGAGAGCAAAUACUAGGGCCAGAGCAUCCCGAGACUCUGGCUGCCAUGGCGAGUUUAGCUACAACUCGUUACGAACUUGGAAAGUGGAAAGAUUCCCAGGCAAUGAGAGAGCAGGUCCUUGAAAUUCAGAAGCGCGAGAGAGGGCCUGCGCAUCCGGUCACCGUGAAUAGCAUGUCUGAUCUGGCCCGCUCAUAUUCCAAGCUUGAUUAA